AUGGAAAAGGAACAAGAAGAAAAAAGAGUAAAGAAAACAAGAAAAGAAAAUCAACCUAAAAGAGAUGAAAAAACAAAAAUUGAAAAACAAAAAAAGAGAGGUCUAAGAAACAAUAAAAUAAAAAAGAACCAUGAAUCUGACAGUAACAGCAGUUGUUCCUAUCAAUUAGAUGAUUCAUCAGAUGAAGACGCUAAUACUUUUUGGGAAACCUUACUAACUACAGAACUUUCCGACGAUAUUGACAUUAACGAAACUUGUAAGCAAGUUUCUGAAAUUGCAUCUACUUAG